AUGAAAGUAGUAUAAUUUAACAAUGGAUUGUAUUAUGGGCAACUUGAUUACUUUUAUAAAAAGAUUGGGCUAGGUGUUUUUGUUUAUGACGAUUCUUGCCUUUAUUAUGGGUAAUGGAAGAAUGAUUUGUACAAUGGGGAAGGCAUGAUUAUAUUUCCAUUUGGUGGAAUUUUAAAGGCAACAUUUAAGAACCACUCGAUUGAAGGGAUCGGAAUAUUGAUAACCAACAAUGAGGUGAUGAUAGGAGAAUAUCAAAAUUCUGUGUUAAUUAAUAAAGCAUUGCUGUUUAAUGGCAAAUAGUGGAGAUUGAGAUCAUUUUUGAAAAAUGGUUAAUACGAAGAUUAGGAUUGCUAACCAAGCAAAGAAUAAAAACUAUUCUCUGAAUUCAUAAAACAAUUCCCGUCACUCUAUAAAAGCAAACUCUUGUUAUCUUUGGUGGGAUUUAUCAUCAAUGAAAAUUAAAUGUACAUAGGGGAGUUCAAGAAUAAUAAACUUGAUGGACUAGGUAGAAUCUUAGACUUCGACAAAAGAAUGUUGGAAGAUGGUUAUUACAAGAAUGGAUUGCUUCAAAAAGGUUUCAGAUAUUACGUUGAAAACAACUCAUUUGAAUAGGUUUAACUUGUAUUUGAACAAGGAUCAUUUGAUUACAAGAUAAUCAUGUCAGGAAUGAACUUCCCCAUUGAACUGAUUUAGAAGUAAAGGGCUCUCAUGCAUCUCACAUCAAAACAAUAUAUAGGCAAAUCAUAAGAAAUUCAUUACUUUCACAAUAGAUUUUCAAAAUGCAACAAUUAAAUUAAACCAUUACUUAAAAUCACCUUAAACCAAUUUAUUUUUGAUGAAGAUGUAUCAAAUGAAGGAGAAACCAAUAAACCCAUUGAACAUGUGAGAAAAGCCUCAUUCCACAAUGAGAAGAACAAGUAAUUGGAUGAGUAAACAACCACAAGAACCUCUUCAUUCCAUGAAAAAAGCAGAUAAUUUGAAUUUGACUUGUGUAAAAUAGAAUUUGAAAAUGCUCUAAAACCUUUGCCUAUCAAUGUUAAAUAACCAUAAAAAAAAAGAAUAUUUGAUAAAUAUAAUUUUUGA